GGAGCGUGGCUUAUCCAACAGACGCUACGCUGUCAAUCGUGUAUCAAAGGGACGCGCAACAGGGAACUUUCCGCUUUCAAUUUCCAGCCUCGUUUUCUUCGCUUCUUCAACCAGCGCUCGACAGUAGUACGGUUAUACGAUCGGAACCUUACGGAUUACUUGGACGAUUAUAUUUCGGCGCCCACAGUUCCUUCACGAUGGAUGUCCCAGACGAGCCGCAGACGCCUUUCAGCACCGUCACUGCGCAGACUAACAAGCUGCAGAGGCAAUACCAAGCACUUCUCGACCAGUCUACCCCCUUCGUCCUCUACCGUUGGAUCGGCACCGGUGUCGCCCUUUUCCUCUUCUUCCUGCGCGUGUUCUUUGCGCAAGGCUGGUACAUCGUCGCAUAUGCGCUCGGCAUCUACCUCCUGAACCUCUUCCUCGCUUUCCUCCAGCCCAAGUUCGACCCGUCCAACGAUGCGCUCGACAACGAUAUGGAAGAUGGGGCUAUCGGCUCGCUUCCGACCAAGCAGGACGAGGAGUUCCGUCCCUUUAUCCGCCGCCUGCCCGAGUUCAAGUUCUGGCACUCGGCCACCCGCGCCGUCGCCAUUUCCUUCAUGUGCAGCUGGUUCGAGGUCUUCAACGUGCCCGUCUUCUGGCCCGUCCUGGUCAUGUACUGGUUCAUGCUGUUCAUCCUGACUAUGAGGAAGCAAAUUCAGCACAUGAUCAAGUAUCGCUACGUGCCCUUCACCAUCGGCAAGGCGCGCUACACUAAGAACAGCGCCUAAGACUUCUUUUCAACAGCCAGAGAGACGGACACACCCCGUCAAUUCGGCGUUAUUUCGGGAGACUGGACGCAUGGGACCGGCUUUUGGCGAUAGAAUGGCGGGUAUCUUUACACAGUUCUCAAUGUAUUAUGACGCAUGCUCGGAGCUCACGACGG